UUGCAAGAACACACACACACACACACACUCGUCUCUCACAACUACGAGACUAGCAGUUCUUCAGCACCAACACAAACGGUGUAACUAGCUACCUUAUAACAACUAGCUAGUCUCUCUCGAUAGACAUCUAACUAGCUUACCAACAAGCUAGCUAGGCUCUCUUUCAGGGUCCCUUAUAUGGCUUCCGCACACAAAAUCGUGUUCGUGCUUCUCUUGCUGACAGCAUCGUCGUCGUCCAUGCUGCAAGCCAGGACGAUGGCGCCAAGUCAUGACCGCCAGCAUGCACAAACAGAUCAUCAAGCGGCAGCGCACGCCAAGGAGAGGGAGAGCUUACCGAGCCCUUCUUCCCAGCAACUGACCAGAGAUACGGCGCCGUCGACGACGCCGCCACCCGCACCGCCUGCUAGCAACACUGAGGUCGCCGUCGCCGUCGCCAAGGGUGGGGAGGCGAUGGCGCAGUCGGCCGCCGACGGGUCUGUGCCCAGCCCCGGCAUAGGCCAUCACAAAAUGCUACAAUAAUCUGCGCCAAACAAAAUUGUAGUGUCUAUGUAUCCAUAUAUAUAGAUACAAAAUAAAAGCUA